AGGUGGGGGCAGCGUGGCGUGCGUGGGUCAACUAUCGAUAGCCCGGCUUUUGGACCACCCCUGCCAUUCCGCCAUCGCCACCAUCAACACCAUCAACCUACCUACCCGUCAGUGCCGUCAGCAGCCGUGCUCCCCAAAUCGAGGCUUGAUUACCACACUACCUACCUAGAUUCACCUAUGUAAUCACCCAAAUUAAUCGAAUAAUAUUGAGUUCGGUUUACAACACUCACUUCCUAAAAUCCACUUGUUUCUUUGGAAAGAACCAUGUCCCAGGCAGCGUGCUGCACUUGCGCGUCGUUGCUUGCCGCCGUGCCCCGUGUGUCGUCCUCUUCCGAGAAGCCCUUACCCGAUGACAGGCAAUUGGAUUGCUGCGGCCGUACCAUCUGCGGUGCCUGUAUACAUAGAAACCGCCGCUUCCUCACCUACUGUCCCUACUGUCAGACCUCGAAUCAAUCUUUCCCGAGCAGCCGCCUCAGAGCCCCGCCUAGGCAAGGCAGAACAGAAGACGAAUCGGAGACAGAAGCAGUAACAGAAAGCGAGCCGCCCCCUUACUCAGCCAUCGCCCAAACCAUCAACCUCAAAGCCAACACAACCAAACCCCCUACCCCCCCGCCGCCCUACAGCUCUCCCUUCUCUGGCCCCCAGCCCGGCCGCAACCCAAACCAACCCCGCCAAGAAAAAGAAGAAAAAGAAGAAGCAACAGAAGCCCAACCCCGCUACACAAUCCACCACCUCCGCCACCCGCCACACCCCUCGCCAGACAGCCUGACCUCACUCUCCCUGCGGUACGGGAUCCCGGCCCACAUCCUGCGGCAGCACAACAGCCUGCCCAACGACGCGGACUACCUCCUCGCGGCGCGGCACACGCUGCUCAUCCCCACCGCGUACAUCAACACUCCCAGUGCUACCACCAGCACCAGCACCAAUCCCCAUAGUGACACCGGUAGCACCGGCACCACCGACCCGAGCCUGUCGCCGCGCCCCGUCGAGGACGCGGCGGAGCGGGAGCGCAAGGUGCUGAUCCGGCGGUUCAUGGUGGCGUGCAAGGAGCCGGACUACGACGCGGCGGUGGUGUACCUGGAGGAGAGCGGGUACGAUGUCGACGAGGCGGUGGCGCGGCACCGGGCCGACGCGGCGUGGGAGCGGGCGAACCCGAAUCCUUUGUUGCUGGAUAGCAGCAGUAGGGGGAAGGGGGUUUAUAAAGGGGGGUUGAGGGGGAGGGGGAGGGUGAAGGUUAAGAGUGAGGGGGUCAAGGUUGGGGGUGGGGAGGGGAGGUUGUUUGGGUGGUUGGGGGGUUGA